UCCGGUAACCUUCUCACCGCUGAUGUUAAGCUCACUGACCACUUGUUCCCUAUCAUGAAGGGUUUAAAUCAAGCCCUUCUUAAAUAAAAGUACAACUUUAGUCUUUUAGUACCACAGAUAUGGCUAAUGAAGAUACAAAUGUCACUACUGGCCCACCAGCAAUUUAUUCUCAAGCUUCCCACAAUGUUCCAGAAUAGACUUCACCAUGCCCUAGGGGUUUAUCCACCGUAAUCCAUGCUUGGCCCUGAACUCUCCCUAUCUUACUUUUAAAUGCUUCCUAACUCACAUGUGCAAGUUCCCGUUUCAUCCCAUCAAAAUUAGUAAUUAACUAAUUUAAGACUUACACUUUGUCCUACAACCUCCCUCCCUCUAGAAUGAAUAAAGUAUGUUGUGCAUAUAGAUGCACAACAUUAUGCAGCAGUUGCAUUACUGAUAUCGGACAGGUACCAGUUGUGUUCGAAACUCAAUGCAAAACUCGGGCACAAUGCUGCAGCAACAUUCCCCUGCGAUGUAAAUCACAUAAUUAGUGUUUGUUUUCAGGCUUUGAUUACUUACUACCUGCUUCUGUUUUGCCAUAGGCUUCUGAGGAUGCCAUGAUGCAUUUUGCCUACGUGAUCGGCAGGUUCACUUCUCUGCAGUCGGCGAGAUGCUGAACUUAUGUUCUGCUCGGUAUCAAGCUGAAGCGAAUGCCCCCAUGCUGGCGGUUCCUGCUGCCCGAUGGUCGGCUCCAUACAGAUCAGAGAGCUCACUAUAAUAUCGCUGAAAACAAAUCCUGCUUGGGCGAUAUAAAUGUGGCAACGUUGUUGUGCGCUCGGAGGAGUCAUAGUUAUUUGCAUUGACAAAGGUUACAUCUGAACCCAACUCCAGGACCCAACAUUGCCGAGUCCAGGAACUUCACCCGCUCGAUCGCCAGCGACCAGUGUUGUGUUGGUGCAGUAGUGGCAGCAGCGAGAGACACUACAUCUUCUUUUCCCUGUAGAGUAUGCAGCGUGUGUGUGGCAGCUUGUGUGUGAUGCUGGCCUGGAUCGCCACGGUGGUUAUGGCUCAGAACAGGAUCACAGACCCGAUGAAUCUGGGCGAGAUCGACCCCCAGUGCUGGGAGAGCUCGUCCCUGGCCCUGGUCGAGUUCAGGAAGCUGCGUGUCGCCGAAACAGUCAGCGCCCUCUGGGACUUCAUGAUCUUUCUGAAAGUCUCGGAGAAACCUCAGCACGCUGCCCUUUUCAUCGACCUGGCUCAGCUCUUCUGGGAUAUCUACGUGGAUUGUGUGUUGUCGCGAUCUCAUGGGCUGGGCAGGAGACAGAUCGUAGCCGGAUAUACCUUGCGGUAUCCGCAGUACUCGGCAGGCUUGGCGCGUUCAAGCGAAAAGGAUUUGAAGUUUUAAACAUCGCGGAAGAACUCUGUCCCGAAGUAUCAGCGAAAUGCAAGAUGCUAUGUGGCCCACUGCAUUCCUCCAGCAGAUAAUUUUCUGCUCCAGAUUCCAGCAUUUGCAGUCCCGUGUCUCGACAGCCAUACAUUGUUAGGCUUUGACACAAGGAAGUAUUUUCUUUCGAAAAAGUGCUUAAUUCAGGGAUUCAAAUGUAAGGUAAUGAAGAGAAUAUCCUUUGUAUCAUUCAAGAAAGUGCUCGAUCUGAUGAGUCAUUAAAUGGAUAAUCUAAGAUAGGCCAUGUAGUCUUUAUCGUCUGUAUUUGUUACGUGUUCUUGUGACACCAUUCCAGUGUUGUGUCAACUUUGGUUUAAAAAGUUGGAUUUUUUAAACUCUUUAGUUUAUGCUACAUGUAGACAGUUGCACUGGUAAAGCAGCUAAGCUCUGUUUAUCCUUAUAAUAUACAGUCAGCAUCAGGCAAUAAAAAUAAGGCAUUGUCUACAUGGAAUCUGUAAUAUUUCAAUAUACUCAUCCAAAACUGAUAUUAAAAAGCAACCUUAUAGAAUUGUUCCUAGAGAAAUGUUUUAUGGACAGCCUUACUUUAAAACAAAAUAAGUUAAUAACAUAAGUUAAUAAGUCUACAAUUCAAAUGCAUAUCAAAUGGUAAUGUUAUUUUUAUAGACACUGGAAAGACUACAAGUAUAUUUUGUUAUUGUGUUUGUUCACUGGCCUGAGUUGGAAUUCCCUCAUCUACAUUUAUGCACCUGUCAUUUUUGUUGUGUUAAAGAUUCUUUAGUGAGUCAUUUAAUUGUUACUUGAACAUAGAACAGUGAAAAUAAUUCGUUUAUUUCUGUAGAAAUGAGUCUGAUUGUCCAAAAUUGUCCUUUAUUGUGAAUAAAUUGUAUUCAUCAUUGAACAUACAUGACUGAUUGCUUUUUAUUCCAAUUUUUUAUAGCUUGUUAUUGAAAUUAGACUAGAUCUACACACUUCAAGUAUUCUGUCUGCUAAAGCAAUAAAUUAUCCCAUAAUUUCUGUAAAUUAAUGUAUAAUAAAAAUGUCUAAUAUCGAAAGGUUAAUUAUAUCAAAAACAUAAUAAAAAAGAUUAAAACAAGCAAUUAUAUAAUAAAUGAUAUUCUGAGUUUUACAGUUUACUUUCUUAGCUGACAGCAAAUGUAAAUAAAUAAGUGGUACCCACAUCAUGCAAAUAAAUAAGUGGUACCCACUUUUCUUUUAAUUAUAUCAACUCAAAGACAGAGACUCGGAAAUUAUAAUCAACUUUCCACAUACUAAACUAAGCUCUUAUUUGUCACAGAAAUUAAAAAAGCUAAAUAGAUAAUGAAAGUAAAUCUGCGUUCAACCUAUUUGGCACAAAACGUUACAAUUUUCUUCAGUCUAUUUUCAAUAAAGCUGAUAGAAAACAAACAUAACAGAUGGAUUUGCAUAUUUAAACCAAUACCUUUUCACAUAGGAUGUAAUUAUAUAUGUAUAAUAAUGCUGUUAUUUUGAUUUAAAUCUUCUGUCAAAUACUUUCAGUAAGAUAGUUUGGACACCAUUGGUUGAAAAACAUUGUGACUAAUGCACAGAAAUGAUUCCAUAUUAAUUAGAUUUUUCUAGUUUUUUUAAGAGGCAUGAAUUAAUUUUCAGCUUCAAUUCUCUAACAGUUAUAGCAUAUUGAUAUUAUUUAUGAACCAGUGAAGUCAUCAAUACCAAGUUACAAUGGACAAAUAUGAGCUCUGUUCACUGAACAAAUGUGUAGUACAGUGUAAUGUCUUUCCACAUGUUAAUCAUUUAACAUCAAUCUGUAUGUUAGUUUUAAAAUUUGAUUUUGCACGAUAGAAGUUGUAUUGGAAAUAUUGCCAAACCAAAUCUAUUAACCGUUUCUACUUGAUCUGCUCUAGAAUUGUGAUUCUGUGAUUCUACAGAAAAUCUGAAUUGUUUCUAGUUCAUUACUGAGAAACUGCACGUGUGCACUACAAUAUGUUACUCUUUAAACAAAUAAAUCUACUUCUGUAGGGAUUAGUAAAUAUGACACAAAAUGCUGGAGUAACUCAGCAGGACAGGCAGCAUCUCUGGCGAGAAGGAAUGGAUGACGUUUUGAGUCGAGACCUUUCUUUAGACUCAACCCGAAACAUCACCCAUUCCUUCUCUCCAGAGAUGCUGCCUGUCCUGCUGAAUUACUCCAGCAUUUUGUGUCUACCUUCGAUUUAAACCAGCAUCUGCAGUUCUUUCCUACACAGUAAAUUUGACACCAUGGAGGUCAGCCCAUACAAUAUUUUUUUUAUAAAGAAAUGUGCAAACAAUUUUGUAAUUCCAGUUAAUUUUUUCACGGGGUCAAAAAAGUGCACCAUAUUUUUUGCAGUUUAAUGUCCAAAAUGUUCAAAUAAGAGUAAAUAACAUAACAUAAUCAAAGACAGUGGGUAAUGAUGGUGUGAGUAAUAUUGGAAUAAAAGUUUAAAAAAAUGCUGUAAACACUCAACAGGUCAGGCAGCACCCAAGAAGAUAUAAACAAAGUUAAUAUUUCAGGUUGCUAUC